UCCAAAAUUAUAAUUUGAGCCCUCCGUUGUGUGGCAUCGCUAAUUUAAUGAGUACUGCAUGCAGAGAACGUAAAAUAACGUUAUUAUACGUUCUCUGUGUUUCUUACGGCUAUUCACAAUAGAUUUGGGCCGCGUACAUUGCUGUUUUGUUCUUGGGUUCGUAUUGAUUUUGAAAACGAAAUUUAACUAUUUUAAAGAAAAAUGGAUAAAGUUGAGCAAAAUGAUAACACUAAUCGAGAUGAGUUGAUUAUGCAGCAACAGCGUGAAAUAGAAAAAGAGAUUAGUGAUUCGAUUCCCCUUGUGAGUGAACAACUGCCCAUAACUUGCCUUAAUGCAGAGUAUCUCGGCGAUGACGUUUUCACAGCAAAGAUUCAAGAUCUUGCCGGCAAGUACAAAUUCUUACGGCGAACACGUCCUGAUGGGAAUUGCUUUUUUCGCGCAUUCGCUUACGCUUACCUAGAACACUUGAUUUUUAAUAAAGACGAAUAUAUACGUUUUAAGGACUUGGCUGAUAAAUCAAAGGAUAAACUCGUGCAAUUAGGAUUCCCUAGUUUCACGCUGGAAGAUUUCCAUGAUACGUUUAUGGAGGUAGUUAAGCGGGUAGAUCCCUCAACCGGCACCCCAGAAAUAGUUUGUGAUGAGCUUCAUAAAGUUUUCAAUGAACAAGGCUAUUCUGACUACGUAGUUGUUUAUUUGCGUUUACUUACAUCUGGCAAACUGCAGGAAGAAGCUGACUUUUAUCAAAACUUCAUAGAAGGAAAUUUUACAAUUGAAGAAUUCCGUCAUCAAGAGGUGGAGCCAAUGUAUAAAGAAUCGGACCAUAUACAUAUUAUAGCAUUAUGCACUGCGCUAGGUGUAGGCGUGCGCGUGGAGUAUAUGGAUCGUGGUGACACACAAGUAAAGGCACAUGAUUUUCCAGAGGGUAGUACGCCUAAAGUAUUUCUAAUUUAUCGACCCGGUCACUACGACAUAUUGUAUCCUAAAUAAAUUGCCAACAUGUAAGAUAUCAAUGCCUCACAGGAAGGACUUAAGCUGCCUGUAAUUUUUUAAUUUGAUAAAAUUAUAUAUAUGUGUGUUUCUAUUAACAGUGGCGUGUAUUAAGUAUAGCUGCUUUGAAAUUAUUUUCUACCUUUUCUCCAUACAUUAUAAACAUAAAUUAAACUGACAUGAUAUUAGCUUCUGCAUAUGUGAUUUUGUAGCAAUUAUAUUUUGCAGCUAUAAACAUAUUUUAUAAUCACAACUUUUUAAAAUGUACGUAGAAAAUUCGCGCUCAAGUAAAUUGUAUACUACGUAGUGUGUAAUAUAUGUAUGCAUUGAAAAUUACUCAUGAACUUAACAUUUUCUGGAAUACUUAUAUAAUAAAAUAAUGAUCUUAAUUAAUAUUAUUGAAGUUAAAUUAUUUUACAAGUGAAUAAAUAUUUUCAAAUCUAAAAACCUACAAAAUAGCCGUACUUAGUUCUUGAGUAUGAACCAUCAUUAUAAAAUAAACAUAAAUAGGAAACAAAU